AUGGCGGCCUCCGCCGCCCGGGCCGCGCGUGCGCGGGCCUGGCCGCGGCCCGUGGCGUGCGUGGCGCUCGUCCUCGGCGCCGCGCUGCCGGGCUGCCUGCGCAGCCCGGAGCCGCCCGCCCGCGCGGCCUUCGCAGGCGGCAGCCAGGCUCCUCAGCGGGCUCUGCGCCGGCGCGGCGCCCGCGGCGCUCCGGGAGCACCGGGCCACGUGGCCGCCAGGGCGGAGGAGCAGGAGGGCACCGACGGGAUCGGCAAGGUCCGCUACCUGCCCCCCUUGGACUACGGCCAGAAGCCAGACCUGGAGCCCUCGCCGGGCUCGCUGGUUCUGCCCUGCUUCCCGCUCGGGGCCGUCUACAUGCCCUACGCCAGCCCCAUGCUCAACAUCUUCGAGCCCCGGUACCGGAAGAUGUACUCCGAUAUCCUCUUCUCGGGCGGCCGGCGCUUCAUCGUGCCGCCCAUCCGCCAGGGGCCCGCCGACGACGUGAGCCUCGGCGAGGUGGGCGUGGUCUUUUACCUCGACGACCUGCAGGAGGUCUCGGAGCAGACCAACGAUCAGGCGCGGCUCGCCGAGGUGAAGGCGCGCGAGAGGGCCAUCGCGGCCAAGGAGGGCGUGCUGCAGCGGCAGCGCAGGAAGGCCGCGGGCUCCGUGGGCGCGCGGCGGCCCCGCGCCGCGCCAGGCGUGCCCGCCGCGUACGACGCGUGGGCCGCUGUGCGCGAGGCCCGGGCGGACGGGCCGCGCUUCCCGUGGGAGGCCGUCUACGGCACCCAGGGCCAGUUCCUCGAGCGGGUGCUCCUCGCCCGCGAGGGCGCCCUGCGGCCCGAGGGGGCGGCGGACUAA